ACACGCACGGAUUAUCAAAAAAAAAAAAAAUUGGAGAUUCCCGUGGUUCGUUCCCGAAUUAAAUCUAUAGUGAUAUAUAUAUAUGUAUUAGGCGAUGUAUGUUCAUAAACCCGGGCAGUGCCGUUUUUCCUUAUCUUUAUUGUUCUCUCGUUCCCGCUCCUCGUCACCGACUCGCGUGUUUCUGGCGGUCGGCGAGCUGCACUGCAAUAUUAUGGUCGCCACUACCUGCGAUUCCGGCAGGCAUUUAUUUCACGCGCAGGCACUCGACGAUCAUUGUUGACCAGAUAUCGUUCGCAACGUCGGCCUGCGCAGUGCGCACGCACUGCGUCGUCCUUUAAGCCAGCCAACGCUGUUUUUCUGCAUCUUUAUUGCACUCUCGUUUCCGCUCCUCGUCGCCGACUCACGUGUCCCUAGCGGUAGGCGAGCCGCACUACAAUAUUCUAGUCGUCACUACCUGCGGUCUUCGCCAGGCAUUUUUAUUUCUCGUGCAGGGCACUGCAGGCACUCGUCGAUCAUUGUUCAACCAUCUCUCGUUCGCAUCGUCCGGUUCCGCACUAGUGCUACUACGUUGUCGAACGCCGAACGCUCAGUGCUCAUUCUGACGACUGUCUUGUUUUAAACAGCAUCGCCGCCGUCCACUUCUCUCUUGAAAAAAACGCGGGAAACACGCGCACCGCAUCACUUACAAAGACCGUCUGCGAACACGCCACCAUGUCGGAUGAUCAGAAAAUCGCCAUCCCGGUGGACCGUCCGGACGACUGCUCUGCCGUACAGCCGUCAAAGAACGACGCCGCAGCCGCUGCAUGCCCGGUACAGCCGCCCAAGGACAACGCCGAAGCCGCAGCCUGCCCCGUACCGCCGGUGAAUUACGAAACUGAAAUGUCGGAUGUCAUAUUGUUGCCGAAGGAUGAUGACGCCGCUAGUUUCGCACCGCCUCCAAACAUCGACGCACCGGUGACAAACUUUGACAAUGGUCCCGCAUCUCCGCCCAAGGAAGAUGCCAGCCCUGCAUCACCGCCAAAGGAAGACGCCAGCUCUGCAUCACAGUCAAAGGGAGACGCCAGCCCCGCAUUUCCACCCAAGGAAGACGCCGGCCCCGCAUCUCCACCAAAGGAAGACGCCGGCCCCGCACUUCUGCCAAAAGAAGACGCCAGCCCCGCAUUUCCACCCAAGGAAGACGCCGGCCCCGCACCUCCGCCAAAGGAAGACGCCGGCCCCGCACCUACGCCGAUGGAAGAUGACAGUCCCGCGUCUCCGCCAAAGGAAGACGCCGGCCCCGCACCUACGCCGAUGGAAGAUGACAGUCCCGCAUCUCCGCCAAAUGAAGACGCCGGCCCCGCACCUACGCCGAUGGACGACAUUGCCCUCGCAGCCUGCCUAUCACCAUUGCCUUUGAACCAAACCGUCCCAUUGGUGCCAAAUGUCGAGCCGGAAUGUUCUAAGACCAACGAUAUUGAAAACGCUGACGGAGUUGAAGUCAAGCAUGAAAUUAAACAUGAAACAAUUGAUUUGGGCAACGAUACAUAUUUUUAUGAUGAUAAAGACCAGUCUAAAGUUGGUUUUGAUCGUGGACUUGAACCAGAUCGUAUUGUUGGAGCAACCGAAGUAAAUGGACAACUGAUGUUUUUAAUUGCAUGGAAAAAUGCAGAAAUUGCAGAUCUGCUUGAAGCACCUGUGAUUUACAAAAGAUGUCCUCAGUUAGCAAUUCAGUUUUUUGAAGCUCGACUCAGAUAUUGUCCUAAUAAUCAAAGACAAUAAUUUCUUAUUCCUAUGCAUACAUAAAUCUUCCUAAAUUUAAUCAAACAAAACUUCCUGGUUAGUACAAAAUAUAUUAAUUAGCAUUUAAAACUAAGGGAGAAAAACAAAACAUUUUUAUUUAUAUACAUAUUUUUAGUUUUUCAUAAUUUUUUUAUUAUGUAUACAUUAUUUGUAUUCGGGUGUAUUUCAUUUUUAAGAAUUCCUCAUUCUACAAUUUAUAUUUAACUGUUAUGUAGUUUAUUUUUUGUUCAAAAUUUUUAGUUUCAUAAGACAGUUAAUUAUUUUGUGUGAAUCUUAUUAAAAUUGACAAUCAAUUCUAUAUUAUAAAUAUGUACUUUACUGUUGAGUUAUUUGUAGUAAAAAAAUACUACUAUGUAUUGCAAAACUGUCUCAUUCCAAUGUGCCUGUCUAUAACAGACACUUCGAUCUUAAAUUUUUAAUUUGGACAUUCUAUUUUUAUUCACAGGUUUUAUUGUAUAUAAAAGUCAUUUUAAUCACACAAAAUUUUUUAGGCCUUAUUGAUUUACAUAAAAAAAAACAAUAAAAAGAUUAAUGUUUUAUUUUCGAUACAUAUUUAUUAAU